GAUCAACCUAGACACUCAAAAUGCCUAUCUCCAAGAUCCACGCCCGCUCUGUCUACGACUCCCGUGGCAACCCCACCGUUGAGGUGGACGUUGUCACCGAGACUGGCUUGCACCGUGCCAUCGUUCCCUCCGGAGCUUCCACUGGCCAGCACGAGGCCCACGAGCUCCGUGAUGGUGACAAGACCCAAUGGGGUGGAAAGGGUGUGCUCAAGGCCGUCAAGAACGUUAACGAGACCAUCGGCCCCGCUCUCAUCAAGGAGAACCUCGACGUGAAGGACCAGUCCAAGGUCGAUGAGUUCCUCAACAAGCUUGACGGAACCACCAACAAGGCCAACCUCGGUGCCAACGCCAUCCUCGGUGUCAGCUUGGCCAUCGCUAAGGCCGGUGCUGCCGAGAAGGGUGUUCCCCUCUACGCUCACAUCUCCGACCUGGCCGGUACCAAGAAGCCUUACGUCCUCCCCGUCCCCUUCCAGAACGUCCUGAACGGUGGAUCCCACGCCGGUGGCCGUCUGGCCUUCCAGGAGUUCAUGAUUGUCCCCGACAACGCUCCCUCUUUCUCCGAGGGUCUCCGCCAGGGUGCCGAGGUCUACCAGAAGCUCAAGGCUCUGGCCAAGAAGAAGUAUGGACAGUCUGCCGGUAACGUCGGUGACGAGGGUGGUGUUGCUCCCGAUAUCCAGACCGCCGAGGAGGCUCUCGACCUGAUCACCGAGGCCAUUGACCAGGCCGGCUACACCGGCAAGAUCAACAUCGCUAUGGAUGUUGCCUCGAGCGAGUUCUACAAGACCGACGCCAAGAAGUACGACCUCGACUUCAAGAACCCCGAAAGCGACCCCACCAAGUGGCUCACCUACGAGCAGCUGGCCGACCUGUACAAGUCGCUGGCUAGCAAGUACCCCAUCGUCAGCAUUGAGGACCCCUUCGCUGAGGACGACUGGGAGGCCUGGAGCUACUUCUACAAGACCUCUGACUUCCAGAUUGUUGGUGAUGACCUGACUGUCACCAACCCCCAGCGUAUCAAGAAGGCCAUCGAGCUGAAGUCUUGCAACGCCCUCCUGCUCAAGGUCAACCAGAUCGGUACUCUCACCGAGUCCAUCCAGGCCGCCAAGGACUCCUACGCCGACAACUGGGGCGUCAUGGUGUCCCACCGCUCCGGCGAGACCGAGGACGUCACCAUCGCCGACAUUGCCGUGGGUCUGCGCUCCGGCCAGAUCAAGACCGGUGCUCCUGCCCGUUCUGAGCGUUUGGCCAAGCUCAACCAGAUCCUCCGUAUUGAGGAGGAGCUGGGCGAGAACGCCGUCUACGCUGGCCAGAAGUUCCGCUCCGCCGUCAACUUGUAAAUGUAGCCACGGAUCCAGCGGGACGCGCCCUUUCUUUCACCCCGGUACCAACCGUGUGCAAUUGCUCCCGGGUUGUUUCAUACUUCACACAAUUUUGACUGCUUGGCAGCUUCGUUGGGUUGGAACAAGCUGCAAAAGUACUUCCAUCGCAGAUGACUAUUUGAUCAAGAUUUAUGAUGACGAAUUGACCAGCCAGCUCUACCGGCUAUAUAAUGAAAAAAAAAAGAAGAGAUUGCAGUUCAAACCACGUUGGUUGUGCGCCUACGG